CCAGCACCAAAACAUUGCAAAAAAAGGCAGAGAGCCCCACACUUUAGGACAAUUAGCCACCAGCGAGCCCCAGCAGAAAGAGAGGUUUAAUUAGAGGGGUUCCUGCUGCUCAGCAUGCCCUAUCCCAGCUCCUGCCCCCCGGGGCUCCUCGCCCUCCUGGCCCCUUGGCUGGCUCUGGUGGCGCACCUCUCCCUUUCCUCCCAAGCAGGGGACAGGAGAACGUUCCCCGCAGAGAAACCUUCAGGUGUGAAGGGAAGGACUCUCAUUCUUCUCGAUGUGAACACCAAGAGCCCUGUCAGGAUAACCAGUGAGAACUUCCUCUCCCUGCAGCUGGACCCCUCCAUCAUCCAUGAUGGCUGGCUCGAUUUCUUAAGCUCCAGGCGCCUGGUGACCCUGGCCCGGGGCCUGGCUCCCGCCUUCCUGCGCUUCGCUGGGAAGAGAACCGAUUUCCUGCAGUUCCAGAACCUGAAGAACCCGGCCAAGAGCCGCGGGGGGCCCGGCCCGGACUACUACCUCAAGAACUACGAGGACGACAUUGUCCGCAGCGACAUUGCCCUGGAUAAGCAGAAAGGCUGUAAGAUUGCCCAGCACCCAGACAUUAUGUUGGAACUGCAGCGAGAAAAGGCAGCUCAGAUGCAUUUGGUUUUGUUAAAGGAGCAGUUCUCAAACACAUACAGCAACCUCACGUUAACAGCCAGGUCUCUAGACAAACUCUAUAACUUCGCCGAAUGCUCUGGUCUCCACCUGAUCUUUGCACUGAAUGCCCUACGCCGAAAUCCAAAUAACUCCUGGAACAGCUCCAAUGCACUCAGCCUGCUGAAGUACAGUGCCAGCAAGAAAUACAACAUCUCCUGGGAGCUAGGCAACGAGCCCAACAACUAUCGGACAUUGACUGGCCGUACCGUGAACGGCAGUCAGCUGGGGAAGGACUAUAUCCAGCUGAAGAGCCUCCUGCAGCUUAUCCGCACCUAUACCAGAGCCAGCCUCUAUGGGCCCAAUAUUGGGCGGCCCAGAAAGAACGUCAUCACUCUCCUGGAGGGGUUCAUGAAGGUGGCUGGCCGCACAGUGGAUGCUGUUACCUGGCAACAUUACUACAUUGAUGGCCGAGUGGCCAAAGUGACGGACUUCCUGAAAACACGCCUGUUAGACACGCUCUCUGACCAGAUCAGGAAAAUCCAGAAAGUGGUAAAUACCUAUGCACCUGGGAAGAAGAUCUGGCUUGAAGGUAUCGGAGCCACCUCAGCUGGAGGCAUGAACAAUCUCUCGGAUUCAUAUGCUGCUGGAUUCCUGUGGCUGAACACCUUGGGCAUGUUAGCCAACCAGGGCAUUGAGGUGCUGAUGCGACACUCGUUUUUUGACUAUGGACAUAAUCACCUUGUGGACCAGAACUUUAACCCUUUGCCGGAUUACUGGCUCUCGCUCCUGUUCAAGCGCCUGGCUGGGCCCAAGGUGCUGGCCGUCCACGUGGCAGGGCUCCAGCGGGAGCCACGGCCCGGCAGAGUUAUUCGGGACAAGCUCCGCAUCUACGCUCACUGCACCAGCUCCCACAACUGCCUAGAACCGAUGCGGUUUCCUAGUCAACAUGCAGACAACCCCACCUUCAUUGUCACUUUCGCUCUCAGCCAUAGUUAUGUCCGAGGAUCCAUCACCCUCUACAUCAUCAACCUGCAUCGCUCCCGGAAGAAAAUCAAGCUGGUGGGGACGCUGCGGGAUAAGAUUGUUCACCAGUACCUGCUGCAGCCGCAUGGCAAGGACGGGCUUCACGCCCGGUCCGUGCAGCUCAACGGGCAGCUGCUGGCCAUGGCGGAUGACGGGAUGCUUCCUGAGCUGAAACCUCGUCCCCUUCGUGCUGGCCGUACCCUGGUCAUCCCGCCACUGACCAUGAGCUUCUAUGUGGUGAAGAAUGUUAACGCCCUGGCCUGCCGGUACCGAUAGCUCUACCCGAAAGCCACUGGCCAAGACGAGACCUGCUGGACCUGCUUUAACCCUCCCCUGUCCUCUCGCUUCCUGCACAGAACUUGCUGCCAGUCAGUGGGGCUGUGACCUGCCCACUGCCAGGCCUGGCUGAUGCAGAUGGGCCCCCCUCUCCUGGGGACUCUGCACCCGGAGGGAAGUGUGUCAUCAUUGGCAGGUCCUGUGCCCCUUGGAGAAUAACCACUCAGAGCGGAGGAGUCCCGAGUGACUCCUCCAGUGUAGCCCAAAGGCAUGGCAAACCCUCCCCCCAGCAAUACCUGGCCAGGCUGGCCUCUUGGCCCCAGCAGUACGAGCCAGCUUGGCCCUUGGGAUUGCUGUGCCCGUGGGGAGGAAGAUGACUCCAUUGGCGAGACAACUGGCUCCUCUUGGAAAAGCUGAGAACUUGAGGCCCUGGUGCAGUGACAGAGGCCUGCGACUCAGGGGCAAUGGUACCUGGGAGUUGUGGGCCACACGCCCUCUUUACACCGCCAGCGUUUCUUCCACAGGACUAGUGAAAAUCUGGCUGGUGAAUGUGGUCUGUGCCCAUGGACGACCCUGGCUCCGAGGGCUCGGAUUGCAGGGGAUAGCACUGCACCAGGCCGGUUUCUUACCAGACUCCUGGUUAGGGGAGCUGGCUCCUUGCUCUGUGGGAAGUACAGAGACAGCGAGCUCAAGAGUUGUGUUCUUUGCUGGGACAGGGAGCAGACUGCAAAGGGGACAGAGCUAAACCCUCUGGCUAGAGCCAGCCGAGCCCCUCAGAGCCUCCCUUUCCCCACGCUAACCAAGGCUGUGGGGAACUGUGGGCAUCAUCCCGGCUCUGCGCUCCCCUAGGGCUCUUUGCUUUUGGGCAGAGUUUGCUGGACAGAAAGUACCAGGGGCUCUUGGCAGCUCCAGCCUGCCAGAACCCAGCCACCCUUCUCUCCCCACACGGCUGUGCCACUGCCCAUGGCAGCUCCAGCCUGCCAGCCCCAAGGAGAAGCCAGCCUCCCGGCCACCCUUCUCCCCACACUGCUGUUCCAGUGCCCAUAACAGGGUGAGCCUAGGACUGGGGAAACAAGUGGGCCAGGCUCAGUGCAGCACGGGGCUGCAGCUCCUCUCCCCCCACCCCCACGAGAUUUCAUAGUUCACUAUAGUGAUGGGCUAGGCACUGACUGGUCCCCAGGGGUAGCCAUUGCCCUCCAUGCUUCUUCCCUCAGAUCCUGAGAGUCAAGUCCUGGCAGCCAUAAAGCACCCUGUGCCCACCUCACUGAGAGACCGAGGGCCAGAGGGAUCCUGGUAUCAGCCCACCGAGCCACCCAGAGCUUUCCCAGACAGAACAUGCAUGGGAGCAGCUCCUCCUGGUGCCUCCUGGCCACGAGACAGGCAAGGUGGAUGAGGGAAUAGCUGCAACCAGCCCCUCCGGGAGCCAUGCUGCGAUGGGGGUGACAUGAGACGCGCUGGGGGGCUGCAAGGAGUCGCUUCGGCCGGGCUAAGGAAGCCCUUAUGGGCUCAGCCAAGCCCUGUGCAGGGGCAUUAGCCAUGAGGAGUCCUGCCCCCGGAACUGGCUGGGGCGCUGCGAGCCGGGCCUGCGGGAGCUUUCGCUAUAAAUGUUAAUAUUUAAAUUAUAUUUUCUGAAGAAGAGAAACUUUGAGCUCUGCUAGUCUGGAAGCUGGUGGGAGGGAAGUGGGGUGGGGCAUCCCUCUCCCCAGCUCAAAGGAGAAGGGGGCUGAGAUGAUACAGGCAGGGUCACUGUUCCCCAGGGGCUUGGGGGGCAUUGUUAGAGGUGUGAAUAUUUCCUUCCAGAAGAGAUUUUAUUGAGGCGUGUGGAGAGCCGGGCUCUGGGAGCUAGCUGAGAUUGUGUGGGAAAUGUUGGAUAAUAAAGGUGGGCUGUCCAA